CCCGCUCGCCCAGGCCCCGGGGCAGCGCGCGCCGCCGCGUUCUCCCCGAUUCCCCGGAGCCCGCUGCCGCCCGGGCCCGCGUCCUGCCCCAGUACCCGCAGCCCGCAGGCCGCACCGCCCAGGUCUUUCCCCUACCGCCGCUCGCCCACAGACUCCGACGUGUCCCUUGACUCCGAGGACUCCGGGCUUAAGUCGCCUGGUAUCCUAGGCUACAAUAUCUGUCCCCGCGGGUGGAACGGCAGCCUGAGGCUCAAGCGUGGCAGCCUCCCCACCGAGGCCUCCUGCACCACCUAAAGCUCCACGCGCAGCGCGGGAAGGCCGAGCCAGGAGAAGAGGCAUCGGGCUUAGGGGACCCCAGCAUCGAGACUCCGAGGGGAUGACCUCAAUGGACAGACCCAGAGAUAGGGGUAAAGGGGAAGGAGAGCUCUGGGCUUGGGAAUGGAGUAGCCACUCAAGCUCGGCUUCUAGCCCUUGCCGUUGUCAUUUAAUGUGUAACCCUGGGCAAGACCCUUUCUCCGUUUGCCUCUCAGCUUUUUCAUCUGAGAUGUGGCUUUGGCCAAGAUAGUCUCCAAACGUCUAAAUUUCCCUUCCAUCAUCACACACGUGCCUUGGAGGAGGCAGCUGUGCAAAUGGCCCUUGGCAUCUCAGGAUUCCAUGUUCCUUUCUCCCUCUGGGCUUUGCUCUCUGGAGUCUGGCACAUGAGGGGUGUGUUCAGAAAAGCCUAGGCCAUGUCCCAAUCCCAGCCCCUGGCUUGACCAUCCACCUCCUUGGCACCAAGUCCUAGGCAGGAGCAGCUGUUUUCCAUUUCUUCUCAGACAAGCUCUAUUUUUACCCAGUGACCUUUAGAGAGCUCUCCCAGGCCAGCUCAAGGUGCCCUGCUGGCCCCUGUGGAGAGAAGGGGCAGGAAGAUUCUCCCCAGGCCAUGUCAUGUUGCUUUCCCCACCCCAGCUCAGGGUGUUUAGGGUAUCUUCUCUGUAGCCAGAGAAGAGCACUGUAGGUUGAUGAUUCCACCAGGCCUAGAACCUGUGCCCCUUGCCCAUCUAUCCUUCUGGGCCUAUUCAUAGCAGGUUCUGGGUUCAAGUGGAGCUGGAAAGAGAAGAAAUAUAGAGCUACCCCUUGGCCUUACUUGACUGCCCUCAGUUUGGGUUUGCCUGUUUGGAAAGAGGGAGGCAAAGAAUUCCUUGUUAUGGAAAAUGCAAGCCAUGUCCAGGAUGCAUAGCGGAGAUUCUAGCAGGGGAUGGGAUUGGCUUCAGUAACCUCUGAGGUCUUUUCUGGUCCAGCAACGCAUUCCAUAGUAUUAGGAAGUGGGGAAGAGUGGGGGUGAAGAAUUGUGGAGCUUGAAUUCAGGGGCAAAUGAGCUUAAGUAGGUGGGUGAAGGGUUAGGCCAGGUUGGCCUGUGUUUCUGGCUACCUAUAAAGAUUCUUCUUCUUCAGUUUCAGGUCCCAACCCCAGUGUCAUACCAUGCCCAGAAGAGUGGUCACUGUUCUGUCCAUUUCUUUCCUAUUGCACUGUGGCCUAGUUCAUGCCUGUUGCCCAGUGAUCUUGGGGAGCCUGGCUGGAGGCUCUAGAUUAUCCCUUAAACCUCAGUGACUCUGAUUCCA